AUCUUCCACCGAUUCGACCCCCUGGUCCCGCAGGUUGCCCUUUAGCAUUCCGUCGAAUCACGGCGGUUUCCCCCCGGUGAUGCGAUCGAAGUUCUUGUGAUGAAGGAUGGACCCUGGAGGAAGAAGAGCUAGUGGUGGAGGAGAAACGAGCGCGCCAUUGUUCGGACAGAACUCUUCUCUGGGAUAUGAUGGGCUCUUCCCUCAGCUUUUUACCUCCAUGCCUUCAUUAAAUGAGGCUGCUUCUUAUCUUUCACAGACAACUUCAUACAUAACUGGCUGCUUUUCGGAUUAUUCUGUGGAAUCUACUUCUGGGGAAUCUGAGCAUUCUUUGCUACAUGAGCAGGAGUUAGUGACUUUUGCUUCUGGACGAAAUGGAAGACAACUUGCAAGCAAUCAACUUUCUUUUAAUGAAAGUUCAGCGUCACAUGGAUCAUCUUCUAAUGAAAUUGAUGCCCCUCCUGCAGUUGAUGAAAUAACAGGGGAUUCUGCUGGGAGUUCAUCUGUAAAUACGAAUGCACUUGUUGUUUCAAAUUAUACGGGGUCCAACGGAAUUUCCAUGUUUCAAAGUCUUAUCGAACGAGCACGGAGGACUGUUCGUGGGUCUGCAGAUGAUAUAGGAUGGCUUGAACGAUAUCCAGGAUUGCCUCCUGUUGAAGAUGGAACUGAAAAGUUCAUGAAAAUAUUAGAUGACAUCAGACAUGGCAUACACAAGUUGCCUAAAUCGGUUGUGUACUUGUUGGUUCCAGGUCUUUUUAGUAACCACGGACCAAUGUAUUUUGUCAAUGCAAAGAUGAGUUUCUCAAAGAUGGGCCUUGCUUGUCAUAUUGCGAAGAUUCAUAGCGAGGCUUCAGUUGAGAAAAAUGCUAGAGAGAUAAAGGAGUAUAUCGAGGAAAUAUAUUGGGGUGCCAAGAAACGUGUCUUGAUUCUUGGACACAGCAAAGGGGGAAUAGAUUCAGCAGCUGCUUUGUCAUUGUACUGGCCAGAGUUGAAGGAUAAAGUAGCUGGCUUGGCCAUUGCACAGAGCCCAUAUGGUGGUACUCCAGUAGCUUCAGACAUUUUGCGGGAAGGACAACUUGGCGAUUAUGUUAGUUUACGGAAACUCAUGGAAAUUCUGAUCUGUAAAGUGAUCAAGGGUGACAUGCAAGCUCUGGAAGACUUGACAUACGAGAAGAGGAAAGAAUUCUUGACUAAGCACCAAUUGCCAAGAGAACUUCCGGUUGUUUCAUUCCACACGGAGGCAGGCAUCACGCCUGCAGUUAUAGCAUCUCUGUCUCAUGUUGCCCAUGCAGAACUUCCUUCCUUCUCGGCUGGUCAGCCUGCGAAGCUUCCUGUGGUAAUGCCCCUUGGAGCUGCGAUGGCUGCAUGUGCACGGCUUCUCCAAGUCAGGUAUGGGGAGAAGAGCGACGGGCUCGUUACACGGCGGGAUGCAGAGGUUCCAGGAUCUGUGGUUGUGCGGCCCACACGCAAGCUGGAUCAUGCCUGGAUGGUUUACUCGACAUUGAGUGACAACCCAUCUGAGGCCGACGCAUCUAAAGUGUGCGAGGCUCUUCUAACAUUGCUUGUGGAAGUCGGGGAGAACAAGAGGCAGGAGCUUGAAGCCAAAGAUGAAUAAAGCUAUAGGGUAUCCUUUCCCAUCUCUAUACCAUAAGUUGUAAUACUUGGAUUAUUAUUUCUAAGUUCUUAGAUUGAUGUCGUCAAGAGACUUAAACUAGGUCAGAGCCUUACAUCAAUUGAUGUACAUAGCUUUUGAGAAGAUGUAUCACUAUUUGUACCACGGCUGAUCUCGCGUAAAGCAUAACUUUUCUGAAAUUAAUCAGAGUUACCUGAAAUUACUAGUAA